AACCAUAUGUCAGCAGGAAGCACGUCACUUACGUUUUCAUGUUAGAAUGUGGCAGUGCAGAAAAUUUAAACAUGAUUAACUCUGUGGAAUAGAAACUGGAACAGAAAGAAUUACUGAGCUCACAGCUAUAUUCCAAAAAAGUCCAAGUUACUUUGCAGACCAGCACAAGUUGUGCUAAGUGCCCUACAAAGAUCUGAGUGGCUUUGAGUUGCUUCCUGCAAUGGCUCCGGUUUAUCGUUCCACUGGCCAGCUCGUGUGGUUCCUGGUUUGCUUGCAGUGGUCUUGGAUUCCGGCCGAGAGCGGCAAGCUGCUGGCUGUCCCUGUCGAUGGGAGUCAUUGGCUCAGCAUGAAAACCAUAGUGGAGGAGCUUCACGGAAGAGGACACCAGAUUGUUGCAGUUUACCCUGAACAUUCUUUGAUGAUUAAGACGUCCCGUCACUACACCAGCAAAACCUAUUUCAUUCCCUUCAGCCAAGAUGAUGUGGAUCAGGUUUACAGAAAUCUAGUGCAGAUGGCUUUUUACAAUGGGACUUUUUACGAAAGAGUUAGGAGUAGCUUGGAACAUAUAAGUGAUUUCAGACAGUUUUUCCUGUCUCAAUGCGAGUAUUUACUGUUUAACACGGAGCUGAUGGAGGAGCUGGCUGAAGAAAAAUUUGAUGCCCUGCUGACAGACCCUUUCUCCCCCUGUGGUGCGAUCGUUGGUGAGUACCUCACUCUCCCCAUCGUGAACUUGCUGCGAGGAAUCCCUUGCGGUUUGGAAUAUUCAGCCACUCAGUGUCCUCGGCCUCUCUCGUUUGUGCCAAGAAUGUUCACGGGUAACAAUGAUCGAAUGACCUUUCUCCAAAGAGCUGCAAACACGAUGGCCACAUUCUUAGAACAGUUGCUGUGUUAUUUUUUGUAUUCGCCAUUUGAGGAGCUGGCCAUCAGGUUUCUGAAGAAGGACGUGACUCUAGUCCAGCUACUGAGCCGGAACACCAUCUGGCUGCUGCGAUACGACUUCAUCAUGGAGUACCCCAGACCCCUGAUGCCAAACAUGGUCCUUGUUGGCGGCAUCAACUGCAAGGAGAGGAAACCUCUGCCUCAGGACUUAGAGGAAUUUAUGAACAGUUCUGGAGAACAUGGUGCUGUGAUCUUCUCCUUAGGAUCAAUGGUUGCUGACAUGCCCAUCUCAACUGCCAAUAUGAUUGCAGAAGCAAUUGGUCAACUUCCUCAGAAGGUGUUGUGGAGACACAGUGGAGAAAGGCCCUCAACAUUGGCACCCAACACCAAGCUGAUGGACUGGCUGCCUCAGAAUGAUUUGCUGGCACAUCCCAAAACACGAGCUUUCCUGACCCACGGAGGGACACACGGAAUCUACGAAGCGAUCUGCAGUGCUGUGCCAAUGGUCAUGUUGCCAUUAUUUGGAGACCAAGCAGAAAAUAUGCAUCAUAUGAUCCAUCACGGAGCUGGAGUUGGUUUGUCUUUGAAAGAUAUUAAUUCCCAAGAACUUGUGAAUGCACUUGUGGAUGUUAUCAAUGAUACUAGAUACAAGGAAGCCAUGAUGAGGAUGUCGUCACUGCACAAGGAUCGGCCGGUAGAGCCCCUGGCCCUCUCUGUCUAUUGGGUGGAGUUUGUGAUGAAACACAGAGGAGCCAAACAUUUGCAAACUGCCGCUCACCAUCUGAACUGGGUCCAGUAUCACUGCUUGGAUGUCAUCGGCAUCCUUCUCGCUGUGGCCCUCCUGCUGGUCUACCUGAUGUUCAAGUGCUGCUCAAUCUGUCUACACAGAGUGAGGGGACAUAGAAAGAACAAACUUGACUGAAGCACUCGAGAUGAGGCUUCACUGGGCAUCUGAUUAUCUGACCUUCCCUCCGCAAUCAUGCAAUAGAGUCCAACCCAUUGUGACCACUGCUCUGAGUACAACCUGUUGACAGUCUCCACAACUUUACUCUUCCAAUAGUAGUCUGGAUUUAUCUCAAAACACCUCUGCCUUUCAAAUAUUUCAAAGGCCUUUUAUUGUAAUGUGUGCAUAUUAAGGUACAGUGAUAUUCGUAUUACCAUACAGCCAUACUAAAGACACACAAUUACAUAAAACUUAAUAUAAACAACCUCGCCAACUGUCUGUCUGUCCUUUUGUCUUUUUGUUAUUUUUAGUAUGUGUUAAAAGUAUGUUUUAGUGUUCCGUGGUUUGUUUUACGUUGGGGGGGGGGGGGGGGGGGGGGGGGGGGGGGGGUGUGUUGGGGGAAACUUGUUUCAAUCUUUUACCUCGACAUAGAUGAGAUUUUGUUCCUUAUCGUAUCUCUGUCCCCACUGCAGCCUAACAUCGUGGAGUUGGCAGCAGGAGUCUACGGGACUUUAACGUUGCAGAGUUUGCGAUCCCUUUGCCGGGGAUCGAAGCUCCAACCACCGGGCCUGUGGACUUUAACAUCCUGAAGCCCGCGGUCUCUGGUAAGAAGAGGCCAAUUCGGGAGCUUCGAUCACCCCGAUGGGGGCUUCGAUCGUCGGUUGCAGGGGCUUUGAUCGCACUGACUGCGGAUGGUUUUGACUGCCCGGACCGCUUCAGGAAAAGUUCACAUCUGGUUUGACGGGAGAACAAGAGGAAGAAGAUUGAACUUUAAUGCCUUCCAUCACAGUGAGGAAUGUGGAAUCCACUGUGGUGGAUGUUUAUGUUAACUUUUAUGUGAUUGUGUGUCUUGUUGCUUUUCGCUUAGUAUGGCUGUAUGGUAAGUCAAAUUUCACUGUACCUUAAUUGGUGCAUGUGAUAAUAAAUUAACCUUGAAACCACAACGGAUUCCCCACAUUCCUCGCUGUGAUGGAAGGCAAGAAAGUCUUAUCUUCUUCCCUCAUUUUCUCCCGCAGUCGGGGCAGUUGAACCAUCUGUCAGGUCGAUCGAUUGGACGUUUCACAAUGUUCAAGAUGCCAUCUAGAUGCAGGUUGCUGCUAGUGUAUAGACCUCCCCAGAUUAUUGAAGCUAGACACAAAAUGCUGGAGUAUCUCAGGGGGACAAGCAGCAUCUCUGGAGAGGAGGAUUGGGAGACGUUUCGUGUUGAGACCCUUCUUCAGACUGAAGAAGUGUGUCUCCAGAGAUGCUGCCUGUCACGCUGAGCUACUCCAGCAUUUUGUGUCUACCUUUGAUUUAAACCAGCAUCUGCAGUUCUUCCCUACACAACCUGAAACCUCAUCCGCUCUACAGAUGCUGCCUGCAUUCCACAAAAAGUUUUUCUUCUUUGCUCAAGAUUUCAGCAUCUGCAGUUUUGUGUGUCUCUUAUAUUAUCUUGUAGGCCUGCAUACAUUCAAAACAAUGUUGUCGGUACAAUGUUUUAAGAAGUGAUUGAAAUUUUACUUGAUUAGCUCACACUUUUGCAGACAGCAAUGUUUAUUUUAUUGUUCAGCUUUUUGUAGGCUUGGUGUAAUCUUGUUUUUAUUUUCCUAAUUUACAUUGUUGACACAAUGAUCCAAGCAAUAUGUAAUUUGCAACUUAAUCUGAAUAGUUCCUCAAUGCGGUAAAUGUUUACUGGUUAUUAUUCCCAUGGAUGGGACUUCAAAAUGCGUUUGUGUCCAGUUUUAUCUCCUCAUAAAAAGAAUAUUCCAUUUAAAAA